GUCAUACAGCGACGGCAGCCCCAGGAUGUGCAGCAGAACUUCGCUCGGGAUUGGGCAGACUACCGACAAGGAUUUGGCCAACUGGAUGAAGAAAUGUGGAUAGGCUUGGAGGCACUGCACCAACUCACCUACAGCGCCUCCUACGAGCUCAGGGUGGACAUGGUCGACUAUCAACUCGGACCCAAAUACGCCCAUUACAAGGUGUUCCGCGUGGGGCCAGAGAGUGACGGGUACCGCCUGCUGGUGACUAACUACUCAGGGAAUGCCGGGGACGCUCUCUCCCGCUUCCACUCCGGCAGACGGUUCUCCACACUCGACCGUGACCAGGACCUAGCCAGGAACAAGAGCUGUGCCCGGGACAAGGAAGGAGGAUGGUGGUUCCACGCCUGCUACGCCGCACACCCUAAUGGUCGUCAUCCAACCACCCCCAGCAGGAAGAGUAACAGCACCGAGAUCCGCUGGUGGACAAACCGCGAGACAGUCCUCGUUCUCACUCACAUAGAGAUGAAGAUACGACGACUACGACCUCAUGGAACACCGGACGAAGACUGGGCCACAAGCGAUGACGCAGCUUUAGGAGACGAAGACGACAACUACGAGAGCACCUUGUCGCCUGAAGAGGAGGGCCAGAGUGAACCUGUGGACUACGAAGCCUGGUGGAAGACUCCCUGGGUAGGCACCGACGGCGGCGACAUCCCCGGAAACGACAGUUUUUGGGGAAACGAAGGACGCUCGGACAUCAGUCCCUGGGAGGUGACACGCAGAAACUGAUGUGUUUUUGUUGAUGGCAUCUCAUAACUCACCUACACUUAACUAAGAUAACCCAACACUCAUGUAACAACUAUAAUAAACUUUGAUCUGUGACGAGUAAUUAUAUAAUUAUGAUAUUCUGAUUUUACUCAAGCUAGCGUACGUUUGUCAAAGAUAUUUUAUCAUUCACCGAUUUUUUUUUUUUCGUUUAGUGAUAUAAAGCUGAAGUUUGGGACUCAGUGAUGAGCCCGUUAAUAAAUGUUAAACAAGUGCA